AUGUCUUUCCGAGGAGGUUCGCGAGGACGCGGCGGUAGUGGAUUUGGAGGCCGUGGCGGUGGCCGCGGUGGCUUCCAGCAGCGAGACAUGGGUCCUCCUGCCCAGAUUCUCGAAAUGGGCAAGUUCAUGCACGCCUGCGAGGGCGAGAUGGUCUGCGAGUCCAUCAACCCCAAGGUCCCCCACUUCAACGCUCAGAUCUUCCUCGAGAACAAGACGGCCGUCGGCAAGGUCGACGAGGUCCUCGGCCCCAUCAACCAGGUCUUCUUCACCAUCAAGCCCACCGAGGGCAUCCAGGCCACCUCUUUCAAGGAGGGUGACAAGUUCUACAUCGGCUCCGAGAAGCUCCUGCCCCUCGACAAGUUCCUUCCCAAGCCUAAGCCCCCGCCUGGUGCUCCCAAGCUCAAGCGCGCUGGCGGCAGCCGCGGCGGUGCCCGUGGUGGACGCGGCGGCUUCGGUGCUCGAGGUGGCGGUCGUGGUGGUUUCGGCGGCGGUCGCGGCGGCGCUGGCG